AUGGCAAUGGCCGCCUCCACCUAUACAAUACUGUUAAUGAAACCACACAGCCCAGAAGCAACAGCUCAAGACGUCUGGCAAACAAUCGUAUCCCAAUGGUUUACUCCUUUCGAUAGCUACAGAUGGGGCUUCAAAGCUCCCAAGCCCACCAACAACACGCCCGAUAGCAUCGUCCUCCAAGUCAUUCAAGUUAUCGAGAUACCAGCAGUCAAAUUUGAGUUGAUUGAACACCCAGUAUUCAUAGUCGUUUGCAAGGGUCCAUCUAGCGACAGCGAUACUCCAGACUGGGAUGAUAUCAUGCAGGUCGAGUUCAUUCACCGUAUAUCAGAAAACUCGAACUUGAACUCUUCGGAAACAGAAAGACUGUUUGGAGCUGUUGCUAUUGGUCAGAAAGUGAAGUUUAUCGAUUUGAUGGGAAAGCACGGCCUGAUCACAGAUUGGCUCGGCUUCACGAGGAUAUCUUGGAUUUGGAGAAGGUGGAUAGAUGUUCACAGGUUGAGGGUAUGA